CUUGGCGCCGGUAGUGGAUCCAUGAAAUGAUACAGUAUAGAUAGGCGUACCUCCAAUAUAAUUUUUAUUCACUUGACAAGCCUAUUGCAACCAAUCUGGCAGCGAUACGAAGCCUCCUAGAUUCCGAAAUCAAUUCCGAAAUUUGUCGGGGCUGUAACAUGCCCUUCGACAAGGGUAAAAAAAGAAGGCUGAUUGACAACUGUGGUCACGAAAGAUGCUAUUCCUGUAUGUUCACCAACGAAGCGUGUCCUUUAUGUCUACAAAAUUUGGAAGAUGAUACCUACAGCUACAGAAAGUUUGGUUGUUCUGGUCUUCAGGGUUCAGAAAUAACCCUCUACGGUGACAUUAACAUCCCUCGUGAUAUUCAACGAAUUGAACCCGAAAAACCAUGUGAUCGACUCAUGUAUCAGACAAGGACAAAGGUCAAAACUAACGGACAUCUUACUAACCUUAUGCAGAAUCGAUCGGACCGUAAUUCAGGCUGUGAUCCCGCUCAUCCCGAAAAAUUACCAAAAACGCGACCGUCAAACCCCAGAACACGCGCCACUGCAGAAUCGUCAUCGGUUAUGACGCAGAGUUGUCCGACGCCUCCUCAUUCAAGAAGAAAUUUCUUCUUGAGUCCGAAGGCUUUGCGAAGUCCGUUCGCUCAAAGAGCCGCGAGACAAGCUGCGGCCGAUUCCACACUUUCAGCUUCUAUGACGGCUUCUACAACUAGCGAAAGUCGUCAUUGGCCUAGUAUAGUUUUAGGAAAAAUUCGUUGCUUAUGGACAGCAGGGAGUUCCAGUGCUAGUGCUGGACUGAAUCAACUUGUUUCAGAUGACGACGAAAGUGUGGUGAAGCCGCAGAUUCCUGCGAAACGUACCUCCGAGAACGAUCUGUACAUGCGCCUCGGCCUUCUCCUCGGAGACAACGCCAACAAACCAAAAAAGACUGCCACCAGAAGCUCUCAAGAGUCCUACUACUCUUCAGCGAGUUACGAAAAUGCGACAACACUGUCGUCCAAUACUAGUCCUGUGUCCACUCUCACCGGAAGCUCCGAGGACCAGCACAGGAUAAUCAAUCCCAGUUCGGAGAGUGUCGGAUCUCUCAUGUCCAUGUCAAUGUCGGGACAGAGCAACUACAGUUCUAGUCCCGUCAGCCGAAGACACAGCGUCACAACAACCCAGUCUGGUCAAGUUGAAGAUCUCAAUGUAUUCCAGUUGAAGCGAACGUGUGUUAGAAGAUCUGCACGAACAACUUCACCUAAAAUAACAGCAGAUCACGUGAAUCAUAGGUUUGGACAAUAUGCCAAAACCCCUCAGCUAACCCUGAAACCCUUGUUCUUCGAAGUGCCUCUUCAAGAGUCCGAUCCUCUCUUCGUAGGAAGACAUAUAAUUAUUAAGGAAAUAGAAGAAAUUGUCGAAUCUUCGAGUUCCGGUGUUCUCAUAACUGGAAAUCCAGGUACCGGUAAGACUGCCCUUAUCCUGCAGUUCGUUGAUUACAGCUGCUUCGGUCGACGAAAAGAAUCGACGUAUCAGACAAUACAAGGAACAAAAACGCCCGAAAGAUCUCUUAGUCCGCAAAGUUUCUAUUAUCAAAUAGACCUAGUCUCUGAAAGGAUACGUUAUCUCGCGUCCAAAGUAGUAGCGUAUCAUUUUUGUCAAGCUGAUAACAACAACACAUGUCUAGUUCCUGAUUUCGUCCAUUCUUUAGCAGCACAAUUAUGCCAAGCUCCACACUUGAUCGCAUAUCGUGACUAUUUAUUAAGUGAAGUUCAUCUUCAAAACAAUAUAUCCCUAAAAGAAUGUAUAGUAAAUCCUGAUGUGGCAUUUACAAGAGGUAUCCUGGAACCUUUGACAAUUUUACAAAAGUGUGGAAAAAUAGAGAACCAAAACUAUAUCAUCUUAAUCGAUGCACUGUGCGAAGCAGAAUAUCACCGACCAGACCAAGGAGACACCAUCACGUCGUUUUUAGCGAAACACAUGCCAAAAUUUCCUUCCUGGUUGAAAGUGAUCGCCACUGUUAGGACGCAACUCCUUGAUAUCACAAAACAGUUGCCUUAUAAAAGACUAAGCUUCGAUAAUGUAGAAUCAAGCGAACAUCUUCAAAAGGAUCUUCUGGACUACAUCAAUUUUCGAUUAUGUAACAGUCCCAGCAUUCAAAACAAUGUAAUAUCAACCACAGCUGAGAAACAGGAGAGUCGUAACAUUUGUCAACAUAAAUUCUCCCAACAUCUAUUACAGCUAAGUCGAGGUUCCUUUUUAUUCGCCAAACUUACACUCGAUCUUCUCGAAAGAGGUCACUUGGUUGCAAAAUCGUCCAGUUACAAAGUGCUUCCCGUAACUCUCGCCCAGAUAUAUCUCCUCCACUUCAAUCUUCGUUUCCCUACCGUACGUUCCUUUGACAAAGUCACCCACAUCUUAAGCGUAUGUCUGGCAGCUCUCUAUCCCUUGACCCUCAUCGAAAUAUAUUAUUCGGUAAAUUCCCUUCUCGUUGAUACGUUCCUUCCGUGGGAAGAGUUCUUGCAGCGUUUCAAACUCUUGUCCGGCUUUCUGGUGAAACGGCUCGACAAUACGUACAUGUUCUUCCACCCUUCGUUCAGGGAAUGGCUGAUUAGGAGGGACGAUAACGAGAGCACCAAGUUCCUUUGCGAUUUAAGGGCUGGUCAUUCCGGAAUAGCAUUUAGACUGUCGAGGGCGCAGGCGCCCCUAGACCCAGAAAAAUCUUUAGAAUUAGGUCAUCACAUUCUAAAAGCUCACGUUUAUCGUAACAUGACUUUUCCGAACACUUCGUCACGUGAGCUACAAGCCUUUUGGGUAGGUGAAAGUUGUGAUGACGUGUCAUCUGCAAUUGCCCACAUUAGGAACAUCUACAAUCCAAAUGUGAAAGUUUCGAGACUGUUCCUCUUGGCUGGAGCAACUCCAAAUUUCGUUACAAGUUAUCUCGGUGACGCUCCCAUCCUUUGUAUGUACGCUUAUGAAGGUAUCGUUCCAAUGGUCUCUCUUUUUCUGGAGUUUGGAGCGGAUGUUGAGUUGACAAACAGUCAAGGGUCUACAGCGUUAUCAUUGGCCUCUGCUAGAGGACAUUGCGACGUGGUGAGACAAUUGAUUGCAGCAGGAUCAGCUCCAGGCCAUGCCGAUACUGCUGGUCAGUGUGCUCUGGUUCAUGCUGCUAGAAAUGGACACUUGAACAUCGUCGGAUAUCUGCUAGCAUGCGACUGGAUAGUUAAAAAUACCGAAGACAUUCCUCUUUGUGAAGCUGCUCAGCAAGCUCUUAUAGCAGCUGCCAGCCAAGGACAUACAGAAAUUGUGGAGUAUCUCCUAGACAUGGCGGAAGUUUCAAUUGACAAAAUUGACGCAUUAACUGGCGAAACUGCCUUAACUAUUUCGGCCACAAACGGUUACCAUGGAGUGUGUUCAGCAUUGAUAAAUCGCGGAGCAAACGUGUCCGUUAGGAACAAGAAAAAUUUAUCACCAUUAUUAUUAGCAGUAAAGGAAGGCCACUGGGCAAUCACCGAAAGACUCAUCCAGAAUCAUGCCGUACUUUCUCACAGCGAUUCUGUAGGAAGAACCCCUCUCAUUAUUGCAGCAGCGGAAGGGCACGUGGGCCUCAUUGAACUACUACUAGACAAAGGCUCAAAUAUUGAAGAGCAAGAUAAAGAAGGUCUGACGGCGCUAAGCUGGGCAUGUUUACGAGGCAGACAGCAAACUGUACAAACUUUGCUGGACCGAGGAGCCAACAUCAACCACACCGACAAAACUGGUCGUACUCCUCUGGAUUUAGCCGCAUUCCAAGGAAAUCCAACAACAGUGCAACUACUACUUGAUAAAGGUGCCCUGAUCGAACAUGUUGAUAUCAACGGUAUUCGACCUUUGGAUCGGGCCAUUGGAUGUAAGAAUGUCCAGGUAAUUCAAUGUUUCCUGAAGAAAGGAGCUAAACUGGGACCUACCACGUGGGCAAUGGCAGCAGGCAAACCAGAUAUAAUGCUUAUCCUCCUUAAUAAACUUUUGGAAGACGGUAACACUUUAUACCGGAAAAGUAGAUUAAGGGAAGCAGCCCAUCGCUACCAGUAUGCUCUCAAAAAGAUUCCAUUGGACGAUCAAGGUGAACACAACAAGUCUUUCCACCAACUCAAGAUCAACUUCUUACUUAACCACUCAAGAUGUAAACGAAAAAUGAACGAACUCCCAGAAUCCAUAGAGUUAGCAAACGAAGUUCUUAACGUGAAGCCAAACUCCUAUGAAGCAUUCUAUGCAAGGGCAAAGGCCAAGCUAGACUUAAGCCUGUACGCAGAUGCCUUAAGUGACGUCAAGGAGUCACUUAAAUUUGCUCCGGCUGAUAACGCUGACAUACGUAAAGUUCUAAUAUAUUUGCAUGAAGAAAUCAAUCGAAAAUUGUUUUUGCCAACAUCGAAAAUGGCAAAAUUUUGUGACUUCGCUCUUUCUGUAGACACCCUUAACGAAUAAGACGACGCAUCCUUCCCCAUCUUUCUCAGAAAAUGUGCUAAUGUAAAGAACAGUAAGUGCCUUACUUAAAUUUAUUAAAAAUAAAGAAAAAUUACCGUCCACGAA